AUGCGUCUAGGAUACUGUCUCUGCCUUUGCGGCCUGCUCGCCAGCUCAGCCGUGCUGGCCCAGGACAUUGACUACGGGGCCGCCGCCGAGUCAAUAUCCGCUGUCCUGGCCGACCCCACCUUCGUCCCCUAUGCAAAGCCCACCCAAAAGGUCUCAGAGUGGAUUGCCGUCGGCGAUUCGUACUCAGCAGGCACAGGUUGCAACGGCAACAACAAGAGGAUGGGCAGGGAUGCUGUUCCCUUCCACGCGUAUACCAGUAACAAGGUGCAGGACCUGGUUGUGCAUCAGCUGAAGCAGGGCGAUUAUCGCGAGGGUAACGACCUCCCGCGCAAUCAGCCCUUUAGCAAACCGCAGCUUGCUAGUAGCUCUCCCGGGCAACUUCCAGGAAACGCUCAACAACCUCCAACAGGAACUCGACAGCAGCAGCUUCCAGGACAAGGUCAACUACAGGCUGUUCCAGGUCGCACAUGCAGGACGCGAGGCCGGCGGCGCCAGCCUGCGCGAAAGCUUCCAGGUCUUUGUCCUGGAAUAUGUGACCUUCUUAGGGACAGGCGCCGAAUGCAACGACUACUCGUGGUCCUACUUUGGGUAGAGCACCCUGAAACUCAGCCUGGCGGUGAUUGGGGCCAGCAGAUUGCCAUUGCGUCGUACAUCAACCCCCUGGGUGACCCGGCCUCGUGGGAGCGCCUCCUGGCGUACGACACUAACAAGGUCAGCGUCUUGGUUGCGAACGUUCUCAACAGCCCGGACUACGUGGUCGAUGAUAGCUGGAAGUCGGUCAUCGAUCAGGCUGCGAGUCAGGGCAAGAAGAUUCUCGGUUACGUCCGGACUGGCUACCUUGGUGUGAGUCAACAGCAGUUCACCACUCGGCUCGGCUCGCGGGACCUCGCAGACUGGGCGUCGCAGAUCGAGCAGGACAUUGACAAGUGGUAA